UUGGAAAGUAAAGAAGUUUCCCAACUAUAUUCAAAGGCCAACCCUCGGGCAGAAGCUAUCCGGUCAAGGCUCAUUCAGGAUUUCAAUUUGUUGGAUCAUUUUCAAGGAUUAAUCAUCAAUGAUCCAAAAUAUAAUAUGAAUGACAUCAAAGAUCCAAAGAUGUUGACCAAGUUGAUGAUUGAAGAUCCACUGCAAUUGGUGCGUUUUGAUUUUAAUCCAGUUCGAAAUGUCAAUAUCUCCUCAAAUCACAGAGUGAGAAAUUGUCUUCAGUAUCGCUACAUCAAAUAUCCACCACUCAAUAUGUGGGCAGCAUGGAUCUUAGAAAGUUCAUUUUUCAGAAAUCUUAUUUUGUACCUCAUUAUCAUCAAUACUAUUGUAUUUGGCGUGUUAGUAGAUGUUGCUCACAAACCUGGAAAGAAGUUCUCUGUCCUAACGACCAUAUUGUCAGUCGUCGACUGGUGCAUCCUCUCAGUACUGAUGAGUGAAAUUAUACUCAGGUGGCUUCAAGAUUUUGUAAAAUUUUGGAGAAUCGGUUGGAACAUCUUUGACCUGACAGUUCUAAUUAUUUCUAUCAUUCCAGAGGUGAUCAAGACAAUUCAUUACCAAACCGGCAUACAACUUCAUUUUUUAAAAGUUUUUCGUACCUUCAGAGCUUUACGAUCUUUGAAAAGUAUGAGAAAAUUUCAUCAAUUGCGACUACUUUUGUUGGCUGUAACAAAAGCACUAAAGGCAAUGACUUUCAUCUUGCUGUUGGUGUUGAUAUUUGCCUAUGCUUUCGCAGUGGUUGGAGUGUCACUUUUUCGGAGCUACACAGAAUCAAGCAAUCCUGGGCGUGCUUAUAAGACAGCUUUUGUUGAUAUCCCGCAUACAUUGCAAACCCUUUUUCAACUAUUUACCCUGGACCACUGGCAUAGUUUGUUUCUCGACAUAUUGGAAGUAGAUGAAGUUGACAAAGUUGCAGGUAGCAUCUACAUAAUAUUCUGGAUCCUGAUUGGCGCCUUCAUAUUCAGAAAUAUAAUUGUAGGAAUAAUGGUGAGCAAUUUUCAGACUAUAAGGAAUGAUCUAUCAGCAAAAGUUCAACAACUUGAAGACCAACGAAAGGCAGAGGAGUUUAAACUACAGAUUAUGCACAGGAGGAUGAGUCAGCCAACGAUCUUAAAGGACAUUUUGGCUAAAGGAAUGGGGCAUACAGACUCUGAAUAUUCUGGUCUCAGUGAACUUAACAUAAAAGGGAGCAGUCAAGGGAGUUAUUCAAGUGAUGUCUCCUCUAGGACCACAGAUUGGGGAGACUAUAUUCGUAAAAAUAUAAAACUAAUGAAAUACAACCCAGCAAGAGAGAAGAUUAUUUGGCCAAGAGACUCCUUGUUUCGUUAUUACGAGCUACUUGAGCAACUCCAAUAUAACUUGGAGGAACGGAAGACCUUGCAAUUUCUAGCAGCUCAAGCCCUUAUGAAUAUACAUGAUACAUAAACGGAUUUCUUGUGAAUGGCCAAAUGCUCAAGAAAAUAAAAUAAAAUUGGUAAAACCUGUAUUACUAAUAUUUGUGAAAAAACUUACUACCAUCUAUUAUUUCAAUUCCAUUUAGUUUGCUAUAUAUUGGGUUUAUACCUUUACUCUAAUUCAAUCUAUUCCCAGGACUGUAGAAUAUUGAGAUUAUCUACAGAUAAUCUUAAUAUUCUGUAAAUACCUGCAGAAUAGCUUUCACCUAUCUACUUCCCAGCUCUUUACUUCACCCCUAUCCCCCCGCAAGUUUCACCUGUCACCUUGUGUUUCAUCCUCCCCUCCCCCCACCUUCUUACUACAACUCCUCAUCUUUUUCUCCAGUCCUAAUGAAGCGUCUUGGCCCAAAACACCAACUGUACUCUUUCCCAUAGACGCUGCCUGACCUGCUGAGUUCCUACAGCAUUUUGUUGCUUGGAUUUCCAGCAACUGAGAUUUUCUUUUGUUUGUGAACAUUAAGAUUAUGUCAUUCGUCAGCAUUUUGAUUUGAUGCUAAUGUUGUCAUAUCAGAGGUGAAUACUAGAGGUAAUGCUGAAUAUGAGUUCACCAACAACAAAGCACUCCCCUGCAGUAAAAUUUUGUCAAUCUAUUGAAUUCUCAUAGUUAUUAAAUAUAAUUAAUUACAAUAUAAUUCAGGAGGGAGGAGAAGAUGGCAGCGCGACACAGAGCGCGCGGCCUCUCCGGUGAAAUUAUAUCAUAUUUGUUAAAUAGGAGCCGUGCACAAUCCUGAUUUGAUGGAGACAGCCGUGAGAAGCACGGAGGAACAGCUGGAGAAACUUCUGAAAUGCCCGGUUCGCUGCCGCUGCUACUGUGCGAUCGAGAAUCUCCGGAGGGGAAGGCCCCAAAUCUUCGGCUUUGCCUGUUGCUGGUGGCUGGGGAUGGGGUCGUAGCACUCAGCAGAGAUGGUGCUCGGUGCUCGGUGUCGGAAGGCUGGUCGGAGGCUCGAAGUUUUCAGAAGGACUGAGUCGGACUGUGGUCAGGCGCUUCCAGGAUGCUGCAUCGGCAAGUUUGCGGCGCUGGAAGCUCAUGGAAGGGAGUUUUCUUCCUUCUACUGUCUGCAUGAAAUGCUGGGACUUUCGAGAGACUUUGAGACUUUUUUUUUACCAUGCCCAUGGUCUGUUCUUCUAUCAAAUUAUGGUAUUGCUUGCACUGUUGUAACUAUAUGUUAUAAUUAUGUGGUUUUUGUCAGUUUUUCAGUCUUGGUCUGUCUUAUGUUUCUGUGAUAUCACUCUGGAGGAACAUUGUAUCAUUUCUUAAUUUAUGCAUUACUAAAU